AUGGCCACUCAAUCUCAAGACUCUGAAUUCCCUACACAGGCCUUCGCUACACCAGCUGACUUCGAAGCAUUUCUCGACCGCGAGCAUACAAACGCUCCAGGCAUUUUCGUAAAACUCGCGAAAAAGAGCUCUGGCAUACCCUCUAUUACCGCAGCUGAAGCCGUCGAGGUUGCGCUAUGCUAUGGCUGGAUCGAUGGCCGUGCAAACUCCAUUGACGAUACUUGGUGGAAGAUUCGCUAUACACCUCGUCGCGCAAAGAGUAUCUGGUCCAAGAAGAAUGUAGGCACGGUAGCGCGCCUUAUCGAAGAGGGCCGCAUGCGACCUGCAGGGCUGGCUACGGUCGAUGCUGCAAAGGCCGACGGGAGAUGGGACCGCGCAUACGCAGGCCCAGCCACAAUUGUAGUACCUGAGGAUUUCAAGAUUGCGCUCGCAAAGGUACCAGCUGCUAAAACAGUUUGGGAGAGCAUGAACAAGAGCGAGCAGUUCCCAACCCUGUUAAGAAUAGAGACGGGGACGCAAAUGGGGCGGACAAAACGGAUAGAUGCUGUAGUCCAAACACUCGCCACUGGCCGUCGCCCAGGUAGUAGCACCACAGCCAAAGCGAGCCGGAAAACUACGCCCGGCGAAAGUGAUCGGGUGCAAAAACCAAGCACUGACCGGGGGCCGAGAAGAGAAGGGCUCCGUAAACGAAAGGCUUGA